CCCAGGAGUGGGAGGAGCGACGGCGGCAGAACAUUGAGCGGAUGAAUGAGGAGAUGGAAAAGAUCGCCGAGUACGAACGCAACCAGCGGGAUGGUCUCCAUGACCGGAAUCCUGUGCGGAACUUUCUGGACGACCCGCGGCGUUGCGGCCCGGCGCAGGAGGAGGGCAGUCGGCGGCACGGUCGCAAUUGGGGCGGCCCCGACUUCGAGGGCGUGCGGGUGGGCAUGGAGCGUGAGAAGGGUCGCAGCCCGAAGGCGGCCGACGUGACGCUGUCCAUGACGGGCCGGGAAAGGGCUGAGUACGAGCGCUGGAAACGGGAACGGGAACGGAUCGACCGCGAGCGCCUGGCGCGGCACCGGCAGCCCAGCGGGAAAUGGCGCCGAGAGUGGGAUGCACACAAAUCCGACAGCAUGUGGGUGCCUCGCUGUCCCCAACACCCUUGACCCCGAUGUCCCCAACCCCAUUGACCCCAUUGUCCCCACUGUCCCCAACCCCAUUGACCCCAAUGUCCCCAACCCCGUUGACCCCAUUGACCUCAAUGUCCCCAACCCCGUUGACCCCAUUGACCUCAAUGUGCUCAAGCCUGUUGACCCCAUUGACCCCAAUGUCCCCAACCCCGUUGACUCCAUUGACCCCACUGUCCCCAACCCCCUUGGCCCCGAUGUCCCCAACCCCAUUGACCCCAUUGACUUCAAUGUCCUCAAGCCUGUUGACCCCAUUGACCCCAAUGUCCCGAACCCCAUUGACUCC